AUCCAUUCAUUGAAGUUGCGUUCAAGAUCUAAGAGCUUAAAGCAACACACGGAAUGAUACCCACAAAUCGAGCAGCAGCCUCCUCUCUCCUACGCUCUUCUGCCCAUGUUUAUUCCAUUCCACGGACCUUGUUGGCCACAGAUGUGAGCAGCAGCACGAAAUAUGCACGGACAUUGCAAACGAAGGCUUCUGUGAUCGGCGCAAUGGCAUACCAACCUAGAAUGUUGGUACAUCCUACUGUUUCACGGAGAAGAUUUGCAACUGCCGUUUCGAAUACCCCGUCGUCCGAAUGGAAGCCCCACUUUGACAAGAUACUGAUAGCAAACCGGGGGGAAAUUGCAUGUCGCGUGAUCCGCACUGCAAAGAAGCUAGGCAUCAAGACUGUAGCAAUAUACAGCGAAGUUGACGCAAACUCACUGCAUGUACUUGAAGCAGAUGAGGCCUACUGCAUUGGCCCUGCGCCGUCAUCUGAGAGCUAUCUACGCAUGGACAAGAUUAUAGAAGUAUGUCGUCAAAGCGGAGCUCAGGCUGUCCAUCCGGGCUACGGCUUCUUGAGCGAGAACGCAAAGUUCGCAGAGCGACUAGCAGAAGAGGGCAUCGUUUUCAUUGGGCCUCCCUCCAAUGCUAUAGUCAGUAUGGGUUCAAAAAGCGAGUCUAAGAACAUCAUGUCUGCUGCUGGCGUUCCAUGUGUGCCGGGUUAUCACGGCGUGAACCAAGACGCUGACCUAUUAUUCGCAGAAGCCGGGAAGAUCGGUUACCCAGUCUUGAUCAAAGCCAUUCAUGGUGGCGGUGGCAAGGGCAUGCGUGUCGUGUCGUCUCCAUCCCAGUUCAAGGAUGCUCUCGCUAGCGCACAGCGCGAAUCCUUGAAAAGCUUCGGUGAUGCAGAUGUGCUCGUUGAGAAGUACAUCGAGCGUCCCAGACAUGUUGAAGUGCAGGUAUUUGCGGAUACGCUUGGGAACACCGUGAGUUUAUGGGAAAGAGACUGUUCUGUUCAAAGGAGAAACCAGAAGAUUAUCGAGGAGGCCCCGGCGCCUGGCUUGAGCCCCGAUCUUCGUGCAGACUUAUCCGCGAAAGCGGUUGCUGCUGCAAAGGCCGUGAAUUACGUAGGUGCUGGCACUGUCGAAUUCAUUUUCGACAACGAUACAGAGAAGUUUUACUUCAUGGAAAUGAACACCCGCCUGCAAGUUGAGCAUCCCGUCACGGAGAUGGUCACUGGCCUUGACCUUGUCGAGUGGCAACUGGAAGUUGCAGCUGGUAAUCCUCUUCCACUUUCUCAAGCGCAAAUUCCUCUCGUCGGGCAUGCAUUUGAGGCGCGGAUAUAUGCAGAGAACCCGCGGAACGAUUUCCUACCCGACUCUGGGCCACUCUUGUACCUUCACACCCCGAAGCCAACCCAUGUCUUUGCUCCUCCUAUCCCAUCACUCCCUCACACCGAUUCGUGUUCAGAAUUGGACUCGGUGAAGCGGUCGCCUGAUACCUCAACGCAUGUGGCACCGUCGAUGCGUUUAGAACAAGGGUUCACGCAGGGCGCACAGAUCGGCGUGUUUUAUGACCCGAUGAUUGCCAAACUGGUGGUACACGGACGCGAUAGGACCUCUGCGCUUCGUGCUCUUCGCCGUGCACUUGAACAAUAUAAAGUAGUCGGUGUCUCGACGAAUGUCGAAUUCCUGAGAAUGCUUGCUGGUAAUGAGGCAUUUGUCAAUGGAGAGGUUGAAACCGGCUUCAUCAAGAAACACUACGAAGACCUUUUCCCAGCUGUCGAAAGUCCCUCAGCCGAGUUAAUGGCACAAGCAACGUUGUUUGUCGCACUACGAGAGUAUCCGAUUCAGUCUACAAGCCUUGCGACGCCGUGGACGACGCUGACUUCAAGGCGCUUUGGCGGAGAUGUUUACGAGCGUACCAUUUCCAUCCAGCCCGAUGAUGCAUCCGCAGAGCCCACCCGAGUUUCUCUCAAAUCCAUCUCUUCAGGCCAAUUUGACAUAGCUGUUCACUCUGCCACACCAAAGACAUUCACAGGUGUCUCAGCACGCCUGGUUUCACCUACAACAUUGAGCACGACGCUUAACGGAGCUUCGACCGAAAUAACGAUCGUGUCGCAGCGCCCUGCUCCUUCCCUUCCUGCGUCACGCGCGACGAACACCAUGGAACGCCUACACGUGUUCUCAGCGUCGGGAACCAAGACUACGUUGGCUGUCGCACCUCCUGCAUACCUGCUCUCCCUCGGCCAGGAUGUUCUCACCGCAUCCAAGGGUGCCUUGCGCGCACCGAUGCCAAGUUUAGUAGUAGAAGUGAAAGUCAGCAUCGGCGAUCGCGUUGAGAAGGGUCAGCCGGUGGUGGUCUUGGAGAGUAUGAAGACGGAGACUGUGUUGCGUGCUGAGGUAGCGGGUGUUGUGAGUGCGGUAGGGUGUGCAAAGGGGGAGAUGGUGGAGGAAGGGCGGGAGUUGGUUGACAUUAAGGAAGAGGAACAGUAGGCAUGAUUCGAGUAUUAUUUGUAUCUUAGUCGAUGGAUAUUCAGGAGUAAAGUACUUAAACGCACUGUGGCGUUUCCACAUACUUUUUCAAGUAAACACUAACUGAGCCUCGGGG